GUAACAGAGUAUCAGAGCGAGACGUUCCUACCUGUCAGCUAGUAAUUGUUCUGUGUGGUGACAUGAUCAGAGUGGCCUGACUUCUUCCACUUAUUACAGAUGUCCGACUUAGAUAUGUUGAGCAUCCUGCUAUGAUGUCCAUCACCAAGCCGGAACACUCCGAGGCCAACCCUCAGUGCCAGACUGGCAGCCGGCCGGUGGCUGAGCCCGAGACCCCUGCUGUUCACAAUAACAGUGGAGGCUGGCUCAGCUGGGUCUUUGGGAGUGGAAGAGUUAAUAAGAAGGAGGUUCAUCUACCUGAGGACAAAGACAGAUCUAUUGUCUGGGAUUCAACUCUGCACAGAUGGGUUAACAAAACUGAGCCCAAGGCUGAGGAGAACACUGGCAGUGUCCCCAAAGGAGUGAAUCCUUACUCUAUGAAAGCAAGUAACCUGCUGUUCCUGGCUGUGGUCAGCCAUUUUGGGGCGAAGCUGCACCGGCCCAGGUUCAUUGCUAUGGGCUGUUUCCUCAUGGCUGUAGGAUCCUUCCUCACAGGCCUGCCACACUUCUUCAUGGGACGGUAA